GUGAUGCCUGUCAUGGCCGCCUCCGUAGCGCGGGGCGGGGUGAAUGCUGGGUUCCUGCUGCGGGCGGCCAGGGGCGCCUGGUGGAGCAGACCCGGGGGCUUUUGGGGGUUCGGGGAGGCGGCGGCGCCGGUGACAGCCAGGAAAUUCCGGGCGACAGGCUCGCGGCCGGCGGGGGAGGAGGAAGCCGGCGGCCCGGAGCGGCCCGGGGACGUGGUGAACGUGGUGUUCGUAGACCGGUCAGGCCAACGGAUUCCGGUGAGCGGCAGAGUCGGGGACAAUGUUCUCCACCUGGCCCAGCGCCAUGGGGUGGACCUGGAAGGGGCCUGCGAAGCUUCCCUGGCGUGCUCCACCUGCCACGUGUACGUGAGCGAGGCCCACCUGGAUCUUCUGCCUCCUCCUGAUGAGAGGGAGGACGACAUGCUCGACAUGGCCCCCCUCCUGCAGGAGAACUCGCGGCUCGGCUGCCAGAUUGUGCUGACCCCCGAGCUGGAAGGGGCCGAAUUCACCUUGCCCAAGAUCACCAGAAACUUCUACGUGGACGGUCACGUCCCCAAGCCCCACUGACACGGGCAGCUGGACCUUCCGGGACACCCAUGGCGCCAGGGCCAGGACUGGAGGAGUGGCCACGUUGCGAGCCCAGCCCAGAGCACGGACAGGCCGGAGAGCGAGAUGUCGGAAGCACCCAGAAGGCCCAAACCUUCAGAGAGAUCCUGUGUCCAGGCUCUGGUGGGGACAGGGCCCCUGCUGGGGCAGCCUCCCCCGGACUCCUGAGAAUCGGGGUGUGGAGAGGGGUGGAAUCGAGUUGGAGUGACAAUAAAACUUGAUCACAGA